CAGUGGAACUGAUGGGCACAGAUCUCUGAACUCUCAGCCUGUAGCAAAGAUGGUAAUAAAUCUGAGGGACUUUUACAUGAACACAUUAAUUUACAGAUCAUUGGGAGUGGUCUGGUAUUUUGCUGUGGUCUUCCUUGCCCUGGGGACUGAAGUCCCAUUUGAUGUCACUGUUUGGUUAUAUGUUUACAAUAGACUCCCUUCGAGGAUUGGUUUUCUUACCUUUGCGCAGAAAGUCCUUUUUAAAAAUUUCUUAUGUGACGAUCGGUCAGUUAUUUUUGACUUCCAAAUUGCCAGCGGUUUAGACCAACUGUUUGAUUCAGACGGACCCCAAAAUUGGGUACGUUAAAGGAAAAACAGCUGGGCUGUUGGAAGAAGCGAGAACUAGCAAAGUCUUUGACUGAACUUUAGGGUGAGAACUGCCUGGGACGAAGAAAGCACAAUGGAAGAUGGCUGAAAGCCGCAAAAGACUACUGAGCACCCUGGAUCUGGGUAUCUUUGGACGAGUUCUUUUGAAUUGAUGGAUGUGUGAAACUGCUAAUAUGUAAACCACAAUCUGAUGGAUUUAGUGUGUAAGAGAAACAUGAGGACAGGUUAAAACAGGAGGUAAUCUUCUUGAAGAUGUAAAACUGCAGCACAACAGCAGUAAUGGGACAACCUAUUGCAGAAAGAUGUCGGCUGUGUCAAGAACCUACCCUGGAAGAGAGAGCCCAGAGAAUUGCCAAAGCUGUCCGCAAACAGUCAAUAGAAGUGAAGGAAAAUUGGGAGCAAUUGAAAACCCGUGCGAGCAACUGGCAGAAACAGGUGGAAAAGGCGUUGGAGAAACUUCAAGAACUGCAGAAAGCUCUGGAUGAUCUUGAGGCUCAUGUGAUAACAGCUGAGGGGGUCCACACUGAUCAGCAACCUGUGGGUGACCUGCUUAUUGACUCAUUGCAGGGUCACAUUGAUAAAACCACAGUAAGUGCAAUUACAUUACACUUCACUUAUGAACAGAUGUAACCACAAUGUUGUAUCGAG